AUGAUCUUCAAGGCCUUCAUUCUCUCUUGCUUCCUUGUUUGUGUGGUUCUCAUUUCUAAUUUGGUAGCUGCACGGCAUGAGCCAUCAACUAAUGGUGAGCUACAAGAAGCUCUUACGGAAGAUUCAAAAGCUAUAAUUGCUGAACAGACGAAUUCAACUAAUAUUGGCAAUGGUGGUAGCAUAAAAGAAGGAAGCGGCAGCGGCGGCAGUACUUAUGUAAUAGGUGGAGGUAGUGGUGGAGACAGUUAUGGUGGCGGCAGUGGUAGUGCUAGUGGAGGAAAGGGAGGGAGUGGAGGUGGUGGCUAUGGUGGCGGUGGAAAAGGAGGAAGUGGCGGUAGUGGUGGUGGCAGCCAUGGAGGAAGUGGAAGUGGUGGUAAGGGAGGUAAUGGAGGAGGCAGCUCCGGUGGAGGUAAGAAAGGAGGGGGGAAAGGUGGUGGUGGGGGUGGCUAUGGAGGUGGUAGCAAAGGAGGCAGUGGGGGUAGCGGUGGUGGCAGUGGCGGCAAAGGAGGAAGUGGAGGUGGUGGCAGCCAUGGGGGUGGAGGAAAAGGAGGAAGUGGUGGCAGCGGUGGAGGUAAAGGAGGAAGCGGAGGCAGAGGUAGUAGCGGUGGAGGUGGCUAUGGGGGUGGUAGCAAAGGUGGCAGUGGUGGUCAAGGAGGAAGUGGAGGAGGUAGCCAUGGCGGUGGAGGAAAAGGAGGAAGUGGUGGUGGCAGUGGUGGCUAUGGAGGUGGGGGUGGUAGUAAAGGAGGUAGUGGUGGAAAAGGAGGAAGUGGCGGCGGCAGCGGUAGCUAUGGAGGUGGUGCCGGUGGUAGCGGUGGUCAUGGAGGAAAUGGAGGUGGUAAAGGAGGGAGUGGAGGAGGUAGUUAUGGUGGUGGUAGAAAGGAUGAAGUGGUGGCAAUGGUGGAGGCGCCGGCCAUGGUGGAGGUGGUGGGGGCAGCGGCAGUGGGUACUAAGAACUAUAAUUAA